UUGAAGGCCAAAGAGUCAAAGCCCUAUUCUUUCUUCCGACGCCGCCGUUUUGCAUCAGAUUAGCUUGAAUUAGACUUACCGAUUUGGGCUGGACUUUGGUGUUUAUAGCUGUGAUCUUUCUGGAUAAGAUGCACUUUUCGUCAUCAUCAUACCAAAAUGCAGAUAUUGUACUGGUUUUUGUAUCUCAAUGGACACCAGGAAGUUCAUGCAACUGGUCGAGGAGAAGAAGAGGAGAGCUCUGGAGAAAAGAGAAGCCCCUUUGAAAUGGGAGCAGAAACUAGAAGCUGCUGCCAAGGCAAAGGCUGAUGCUGAAGCCAAAGCUAGGAAGUUGAAAACUUCAAAGCAUAAGAGAAGGUCUUUUUCAGACUCUGAUUCCUAUAGUGAUGACAACGGCAUUGAUAAUAGGAGAAAAUCAAGUAAAAGAGCCCACAAGAAGCACAAGAAACGCCCUCACUCGGAGUCAAGUGACAGUGAAAAGAAGAAGGUAAAGAGAUCCAAGCGGAAGCCAAAGAGAUGUUCUUCAGGUUCAAGUGAUGAGAGCAGUGAUGGAUAUGAGAGUGGCUAUGAAGGAGAUAAGAAGAGGAAGAAGCGAAGCCACAAAAGGCACAGGGGUCAUGAUUCCAGUUCAGAAUCUAGUGCUUCUGAUUCUUCAAGUGAUGACAAUGAUGAGAGACUCAGGAGAAGUCAUGUGAGGCACCACCGGCGCCAUAGGAGGGCAGAUUCUGAUAAUUCCGACUCUGGUGAUGAUGAACAGAGAAGAACCAGAAGAAGUCAUGCAAAGCACCCUAAACACCACCGGCAGUUGAAAUCUACUUCUGAUUCUUCAAGUUAUGAAGAUGGUGAGAUUAGAACCAAAAGUCAUGCAAAGCACCAUAAACGACAUAGGCGAUCAAAUAGUGUUGAUUCAAGGUCAUCAGAGUCCGAUUCUUAUGUGCGCGAUAGAAGUAGCAGAUCUUUAGGGAAGUCAUCAGAUGACAACCAUGAUGAAGCAGAUAAACAUUUGGAGGACGAGGAAUGGCCACCAUCCCCACCGCCAUAGACACCGUCACAAUCAUCCCUCAGGAGAGGAGCAGGAUCACCAUCCUCUGGAUUCAGUUAAGCCCCAUGGAAUGCAUGUUGAAGAUCGUUGUAGAAAUGGAACUGAUGACAUUGAUGAUGCUCCUGAUGAUCAAAAUGUGUAGAUCAUUUUAAGAUGCAUUCUUCACUUCCUUGAAUUGUUAACCUUAAUUCUCGACUGUGGCAGAUAUUUCUUUCUUGCA